ACUUGUGAUCUGGGGGAAUUUGGUGUUUAAUUUCAUUAAGACGCGAUGAUCUCGUCCAAAAACGGAGCUGCGAUGAUCUCUCGACCUGUGUUUCUUUCCGAUCGAGUUGAUGAAGUCUUCUCUAGGAAGCUUGAUUUGUCUGUUUCUUCUUCGUCUUCUUCGAGUCUCCUCCAGCAGUUCAAUAAAACUCAUGAAGGGGAUGAUGACGCACGCCUGGCUCUUGCUCAUCAGCUGUACAAAGGAGGAGAUUUCAAACAAGCCCUAGAGCACAGCAACAUGGUUUACCAGAGAAACCCAUUACGUACUGAUAAUCUUCUUCUUAUUGGUGCCAUCUAUUACCAGCUCCAAGAGUAUGAUAUGUGCAUAGCUAGAAAUGAAGAAGCUCUUCGUAUUCAACCUCAGUUUGCUGAGUGUUAUGGAAACAUGGCAAACGCGUGGAAGGAAAAAGGGGACACUGAUCGUGCAAUCCGCUACUAUUUAAUUGCAAUUGAGCUGAGGCCCAACUUUGCUGAUGCUUGGUCGAACUUGGCAAGUGCAUACAUGCGAAAGGGAAGACUCAGUGAGGCAACACAAUGCUGUCAGCAGGCCCUCUCAUUGAAUCCACUUCUGGUUGACGCACAUAGUAAUCUGGGGAAUCUGAUGAAGGCUCAAGGAUUGAUUCAUGAAGCAUACAGUUGUUACCUUGAAGCUGUUCGUAUACAACCAACAUUUGCUAUUGCAUGGUCGAAUCUUGCUGGUCUUUUCAUGGAGUCAGGUGAUCUCAACAGAGCCCUUCAAUACUACAAGGAAGCUGUGAAGUUGAAACCUGCAUUCCCUGAUGCAUAUUUAAAUUUAGGAAACGUGUAUAAGGCUCUUGGAAGACCUACAGAAGCGAUCAUGUGUUAUCAGCAUGCCUUACAGAUGCGGCCAAAUUGUGCAAUGGCAUUUGGGAAUAUAGCCAGUAUAUACUAUGAGCAAGGUCAACUGGAUUUAGCAAUUCGACACUACAAGCAGGCUAUCUCCCGGGAUCCACGAUUUUUGGAGGCUUACAAUAACUUGGGUAAUGCAUUGAAGGAUAUUGGGCGAGUUGAUGAAGCAAUUCGGUGUUAUAAUCAAUGUCUUGCUUUACAACCAAAUCAUCCACAAGCAAUGGCUAAUCUUGGAAAUAUUUAUAUGGAGUGGAAUAUGAUGGGUCCUGCUUCCUCAUUAUUCAAGGCUACUCUGGCUGUAACUACAGGGCUAUCUGCUCCGUUCAAUAACCUUGCUAUAAUUUAUAAACAACAGGGAAAUUACUCGGAUGCUAUAUCCUGCUAUAAUGAGGUUCUUCGUAUUGACCCAUUGGCAGCUGACGCUCUGGUUAAUAGAGGGAAUACUUACAAAGAGAUCGGGAGGGUAACUGAAGCUAUUCAGGAUUACAUGCAUGCUAUUAAUUUCCGACCUACAAUGGCUGAAGCUCACGCAAACCUGGCCUCAGCUUACAAGGAUAGUGGGCAUGUGGAAGCUGCCAUUACGAGCUAUAAGCAGGCCUUGCUACUACGACCAGACUUCCCAGAAGCAACGUGCAACCUUCUGCACACCUUACAGUGUGUAUGCUGUUGGGAAGACCGUAGCAAAAUGUUCGCUGAAGUUGAAAGCAUUAUUAGGAGGCAAAUAAAUAUGUCGGUCCUUCCAAGUGUCCAGCCCUUCCAUGCAAUAGCAUAUCCUAUUGACCCUAUUCUUGCCCUUGAAAUCAGUCGUAAAUAUGCUGCACACUGCUCCAUAAUCGCUUCUCGUUUUGGACUACCUCCUUUUACCCAUCCAGCUGGGCUCCCUGUAAAACGUGAGGGAGGAUUUAAGAGAUUAAGGAUUGGAUAUGUGAGCAGUGAUUUUGGUAACCAUCCGUUGUCACACCUCAUGGGAUCAGUGUUUGGGAUGCACAACAGAGAAAACGUUGAGGUUUUCUGCUAUGCAUUGAGUGCAAAUGAUAAUACUGAGUGGAGACAGCGUAUCCAAUCAGAAGCCGAGCAUUUCAUGGACGUUUCUUCUAUGUCAUCUGAUGCUAUCGCCAAAAUUAUAAAUGAAGACAAAAUCCAGAUCCUCAUCAAUCUAAACGGUUAUACCAAGGGGGCUAGAAAUGAAAUAUUUGCCAUGCAGCCUGCACCGAUCCAGGUUUCAUAUAUGGGCUUCCCGGGUACAACUGGGGCAACCUAUAUUGACUAUCUAGUGACUGAUGAGUUCGUGUCUCCUCUGCAAUAUGCACAUAUUUACUCAGAGAAGCUGGUCCAUCUUCCCCAUUGCUACUUUGUCAAUGAUUACAAGCAGAAAAAUCAGGAUGUGUUGGAUCCAAAUUCUAAGCCCAAGAGAUCAGACUAUGGACUUCCUGAAGACAAAUUCAUAUUUGCAUGCUUCAACCAACUGUACAAAAUGGAUCCUGAGAUCGUUAAUACUUGGUGCAACAUUCUUAAACGAGUACCCAACAGUGCUCUUUGGCUUCUCCGUUUUCCAGCAGCCGGAGAGAUGAGGUUUCGCAAAUAUGCUGCUGCCCAAGGUGUACAGUCUGAUCAAAUUAUCUUCACUGAUGUUGCCAUGAAGAGUGAACAUAUUAGGCGAAGUGUCCUUGCUGAUGUAAUCCUCGACACGCCUCUGUGCAAUGGACACACAACAGGAACAGAUGUGCUGUGGGCUGGUGUACCGAUGAUAACAUUACCACUUGAGAAAAUGGCAACUCGAGUGGCUGGAUCACUCUGUCUUGCAACUGGUCUGGGCCAUGAGAUGAUAGUUAACAGCUUGGAGGAGUACGAAGAGAAGGCUGUCUCUUUGGCACUGAACAAGCCAAAACUUCAGGCACUGACUAAGGAAUUGAGGGCUAGCCGCUUAACCUGUCCUCUAUUCGACACCAUGCGUUGGGUGAAGAAUCUGGAGAGGUCAUACUUCAAAAUGUGGAACCUCCAUUGCUCUGGACAGCAGCCACAACACUUCAAGGUGUUGGAAAACGACCUAGAAUUCCCACAUGACAGAUAAACAACGAGGGAAAGAAAACUGUAACACUGGAGGACCCGGCAUUGUAAAUAAAAACCGAAGAGAAUU